AUGGUCCAAAAAGAUGCCUCUAUAGUGCCCCAAGAGGAGAGUGAAGUAGCCUCUGGCAUAGGCACAGAAUUGGGUAAGGUGAGCACCCACGAGGUAGAAGUCAAUGUGAUGCCGCAGGAAACACAGAAUCUCUUCAUUGAGGAAAAUCAAGGUAAAAUAGUCGGAAAGAGGCAAAGGAGGAGUAAAGGGGCCAGACAGAACAGACAAAAAGACAAGGCCUUCAUUAGCGGGCAGAAAGUGGACUUCCCAGAAUCCAUGGUGAAAGCUCAUCAGGCAGCUUAUGCCUACCUGAAUCCCAACGUCUCCAAAUAUGAGGUCCUGCUUGGGCUGCUAGACCAGGCUGCCCACACGCAGCUCUCUCUGCAGCCUAUGAUAGCCUUCAUGGUCUUGCGCUACGAGGAGUUCACCUAUAGCCUGGAGGAAAUGGCCACUGAGGGUGAGAAAAUGCUGAAAGAUCACAGAGACCACCUGUCUUGGCCCUGCUCCAUGAUGGCCCAUUGCUCCACCACAUCAGCCAAGCCAGAGAACCAUCCUCCAGACCUAAUGCAGCAGCUACUUCAAUACUCCACUGAGAGGAUGCGGCUAGUGGGGGACUCUGUGAGUGGGCUGGGGGAUUCUGCUCUGGAAGAGGCCUCUGACUACUUUUUCGCCCUCUCUGAGCUGCUUGACGAGAAGCUGAAGGCCAAAAAGGUGGCAGAGGGGCGACUGUCAGAAGUUAUAGCACACAUUGAGGCAGCUGCCUACCGAAAGUCCAACCCUGAGGACCUGGCUCUGCAGAGUGAGGACAGUGGCAUUGGAGCAGACAAUGAAUCACUGGCUGGAUCUGAGAAGCAUCGGUACAGGCGCGAGAGCUGUGAAUCUGCUGGCACCACUGGUGCAAAGUCCAGCAGCCACCCCUUCAAUACAUCCAGCUCAAUCCAGCAAGUGGAGGCCAGAAGUAGCCAGGUUGGAAAAGUGAGUACCAACUUUUCGCUGAAUUCCCUGGACAAAGAACUAGCAUACAUAGACUCACAAGGUUCAGAAGAUGACGAGGACAAAAAUGAGGAUGAUGAAGAUGAAGAUGAAGGUGAAGGUGAAGGUGAGAAAAAGAGUAGGCUGAGGUCAAACUCUUCUCCACCUGAUCCUAGUCAGCUUACACGUCACCUGGCGACUACACGUAUUGAGAACCCGCAAAAUGUGGAGUUGACAUUUAAAAUGAAAGAUGCCAUCAGUGGCCGCAUCUGCUUCAACCCCUCUCAGAAUUCUAAUGUGAGAUCCAGCAGGGGAAAUGAUAUAGGGGAGGGUUCCCCCCCGUGGACAGAGGAUGAGGACUGGCAAGCCAGGCGGCCCCAGACAGCGAGUGCCGCCUUCAAUGUCACAAGGAAAAAGCCAUCAACAGGCAGCCAGCAACGCUCACGUUCUGCAGAAUCCCUGCACAGCCAGGCCGAGGAUCCCACACUUCUGCAGCUGGAGAGGACACAGAGGGAUCUGAGUCGACGAAUUGAAAGGAUGAGCAAAGUGACUACACUGCCCACCUAUAGUGGCCCAAGGCGCAGCUCCCUAAACUUGUCCCCUCCCAGCUCUGUCAGACAGGAUGCUGUCAUGGGGUACCAGAGCGGGGAUGAUGUCUGUCAGCCUGAAGCACACCCCAAGAGUAUUGAAACUGCAAAUCUAUACCAGCAGGCUAGAAAGAUUAUCCACCUGCGUCAUGCCUCUGACUCACCGGUGAAGAAGACCCUGGUGGAUCUGUGCACUCCCGCAGCCCUGGGGCAUGCCUGCCUGCCGUAA